CAUUUCGUGACUUAUAAGUCAAUUGUCGUAAUUUAUUAGCUUAUAAUGAAGAGUCAUAUCCGGUUAUUCUCAUGCAUUAUAUAUAUGACAGUUAUAAAGCUUGGUAAACAAAACAAGGUGUGUAGUUAACUUCAGACCAUAUACACGGCAUAGAAGAGAAGAGACUUUAACAGAAGAGAAGAAGAUGAAAGGUGUAACAGUGUUGCUGUUGUGCUGUAUUGUACGUGUUACGCACCAGUUGCAGUGGCAGUUACUUGCAGCAGACAAUAAAAGUAAGUUUGCCACUUGUUGUUAAUUUAAUAUGUCACUGAAGUCGAUAUAUGUCUUUAUAUGUCUAAAUGUAGGCGGGCUUCGCUAAGCCGCCGUGCUAGCUGCAGAUACAGUCAAGGGACAUUGUUUUGAGUGAGAAAAUAAUUUCUCAUUCAUGAUAUGAAGUCUUUUCGUGAUAUGUAGUGGUCAUUAUUUGGUCGCAAAAAUAGACUUGAGAGAUUUCGUUUGAUUUCUCUUGCUCUUAUCUUUUCUUGCCCAGUUCUGAAGUUGACCAAUUGCUGUUCUGUGUGACUGACUGUAAAAACAGUCGCUUGUAGAUGGUCAAUUGAACUGCUCGAUCAUAUUCCCAUGCUACCUGCUGAGUCUUGUAAAUGAACUACUAGCCUAAAUUAUAUACUCGAACAUGUUUCUAUGUGAAAAAUACAAGGAAAGCUUCGACGUUUCGAGCCAUUCAAGGCCACUCGUCUGAAAGUUAGCAAAACGUUUUCUCCAUAUCACAUAUGAACAAUUAUACAAUUUCACGAUAAUAACCUGCAUGAAUAUUAUUACUAUAUGCGUGAGAACUUAACGGCGUUUAGGUUUAAGGUAUGUAAAUUAUAAUGUAUAAUACUGACAAAACGUAAGAACAAUGAUACAUUUUGCAUUCGGAUGAUCACAGCAGGUAUAUGAUGAGCAGGAAACUCAGGAUCCAGGCAUCUUUACUAAAAACACGUCACUGUCAUGUGUAGUGUAUAUCUUCCUGGAUGGUUUUUUGAAUGCAUAAAAGUUUUCCUGACUUGUGGUCCAAAAUUAGAAUCGUGAAAACUUGUAUUGUCCUAAAUCUCCAUAUAAAUGUUAUCCUACUUUAUGAAUUAUGUUAAAAUGAGAACGUUUUCAAUUUUUAUACGUUGUGAAAAGAUUGAAGACUUGAACAGAUAUAUUGAAGAAAUGUUGUUAAUCUGUGGGGGUGCUCUAGAAUAUUUGAAUUAAAUGUAGGCCCACGGUAAUUGACUGUCUUUUCUUUUGCAGUUAGAUUGUAUAUAUUUUUGUUAUAUUUUUAAAUAUGUCCAUCUGUCUAGCUGAAGGACCGGGUUCAAGACGUGACUGCGCUCUUGGUUACCAUGACGCUGAAAAUCGUCUGUUUCUUUUCGGCGGAAGAUCAAAGGGCAAGAUUCAUAACGAUACUUGGUACUAUGACUUUGAUGAUAAGAACUGGACCAUGGUCAACCCAACUACAGCACCAGAGGCUCGGUUUACCAUGGCCUUUGGUGUUUGGGACAAUAAGAUGUUUAUUUCAACUGGAGAAGGUCCGAAAAAAGUUUUCUAUAAUGAUGUAUGGAGGUGAGCGAAUAUUUACUUCACUAUUCAUCUUAGCUCUACCAGUUCUAAACUGUUCUUCCUAGAGGUCCAGUAAGGACAAAUCCUUACACAAGAUGACAAAACUAAUUUGUUUUUGUUGAAAGUAAAGCUUUCAUCUUCAUUAAAUAUUUAUUCUUUUAAAAACCACUUACUGACAAGUGUUUCUCAAGGACGUUUGUCCUAAAUUGCACUUAAGAAUGUAAGAGAUUCUGUAAAGUGUUCUUUAACUAAAGUCAUCUUUAUGGGCGGAACACGACAUAUUAUAGAUAUUUCAAACAUUGUUACACGCAAUUAGUAAUUGCAACACGAAACAGUAAUUGCAACACGAAACAGUAAUUGCAACACGAAACACGGCGGCAACCAGUGGCUCGAAAAUGUCGGUCAUAUAUACAAUCAUGCUCUUUCUAAAAUAUAUUCAGACAAUUUGGAAAGUUACACUUUCAAUCGGACAUUCAAGGUUACGUGCGUAUUAAGUGCGAAAGAAUGAACGUCAUAACAUGUCGUGGGCGUAUCGUAGCAGCGGGAGAUCUUGAGUAACUGCCAUUCUUUUUGCUCAAUUCUUACAUUAACAUUUAACAAACACAAUUUAAAUACAGGAACUUCGUGUCCUAACUAUUUCUCUGCAAUCCGAAUUCCACCCCUAAUCCUUCUGAUUUUUUAAAAGAUGAUUGAUAAUUGAUUUCAACCAACAAACUUCAUGUUCUCUUAUUUUAGGUUUGAUUUCGUCACAAUGCAAUGGGACAAAUUACCCCAAGGUACCAAUCCCCCGGAGGAAAGAUACGGUGCUGCGGGCGGUAUAUACCCGGGUCAAAGUCUCCUGUGGAUGAGUCAUGGCUUCGCUGAUAUCAGAUACUCGAAUACAUUCACCUAUGAUCUCAUUAAUAGCCGAAACAAAUGGGUUGAAGAGUUUACUGGAACAAGCUCAUAUAACCCGAGAUACCCGCACGCUCGCUGUGUCCAAGGAGCGACCCCUGUCACCCCGGAUCAUUUCGUCAUGUAUGGUGGAUGUCUAGGGUAAGAUGUGGAUAAAUAUCUUGAAUAGGGUUAACCAUUGUCAUUAUGAACUCCCCUCUGUUCAGCCUGCUACUGUAGAUAUCAAGGAAUCUUCUGAGUGGUUGAAGGACCAGAAAGUUUUCCUUCCUCGCACGUAUGUCACCUUGACUCGAGUGAAUUAGAUAACCACACUCUCAGUAACUGAGUUGAAAUAAAUAAUUAACUAAACGUGUUCUUCUGUAGUGGUGGUGAAACCGGGGGGCCAUGUCCGUCAUCAGAUAGCUGGUUGUUCAGUCGUGUAAACAAGAAAUGGAAGAGAUUAGAAGAGUGUUUCUCCCCCCGGAUGUUUCCUGCUAUGGCUCCACUUCCUAUGGGAGUUAACAAACUGAGAUAUCGAGCUGUGAUGUACGGCGGAGGUCAGAAACGUCCCAUUGAAGAUACGGACGAAUUCAGUGUUGUUUGGGUAAGGAAUAGUUUGUAUUUUUUGCUGGGAAUAUGUUGACACUACUUUUAUGGUUCCCACUGGUUUGCCGCUUAAUGCAAUUAAGUCAUUUAUUGCGUUCGUUGAGCGAGAACAGUAAUUAGCAAACCAUAUCUUAAAUGACUAAACCAUGUGUUUUAUCGUAAUAUUUUAGGUUGAUGAAGCUCCUAUGGACGAAAUAGGAGUAUUUACUUUACACAUGUCUAAUGAAGGCGAUGACGAUCCAAGCACGAAGUGGGAGCGAAGACGAGCGGUACGAAGUCCCACUUGUUAUUUUUAUUGUAUUUUAAUUUUACAUCCCUUAAAAGGCUUUUCAGCGUAUAUUGUCUCUAGAGAAUUAUUACUGUAUAUUUAUUCUUGGACUGAUAUUGUCUCUAGAGAAUUAUUACUGUAUAUUUAUUCUUGGACUGAUAUUGUCUCCAGAGAAUUAUUACUGUAUAUUUAUUCUUAACAUAACGCUUUUUCUGUGUUAGAAAGCAACUAAUGGUACAGAUGGCAUUCCUUCAUGGAGGAUUGGGCAUAGUUUCUCGACUGUGAGGGAAGGAAUACUUAUGUUUGGGUAUGGAGCUAUUAUUUAGAAAUCUUAUAUUGUAUAAUGACUGAGAGUUGUCUUUCACCACAAAACUUGAUAAAGAAUUAAGUUUUUUCUCAUUCCUGCUGCUUGACGACGUGCAAAAUAUCCUCUCUUAUACUAAUCAACAUUCUUGAUGUUUAGUGGAGGUAAAGGAGAUGAUAUCUGGUUAUUGAAGGGAGACGUUGACAGCGUUGAUGAAUCAGAACUAAUAGGAGAUGGUUGUUCAUCUAAAUAUUGGAGUCUCAUUCAUUUCCACGGUUUAUUCAUGUUCCUGGGCUGGGGAUUACUACUCGUGGCUGGAGUAUUCGUCGCUCGAUUCCUUAAACACAAAGAUCCACUUUGGUUUCACCUUCAUAGAAUAUUUCAGGUAGGAAUAAUUUGUAUGCUCAGUAAGACACGAAUGAUAUUUGAUGAAAAAUCAAAUUUUCUACUAGAUAUACAAGUUCCUUCAUAUUCAUGAUUUCCUUUGUGGGUUUUUCUCAUAUUUAACGCCGUGCAAUGUUAAUAGUUACAUUCUUCUUCUGAAGGUGGUAGGACUGUUAUUCAGUAUCGGAGGUUUUAUCUGUGGAGUAAUGUCUGUACCAUCAGAUCACUUCAAGUUUGGUCAUGGAGCUAUUGGUUUGAUCGUUUUUUUGAUUGGCUUACUUCAGGCUCUCAAUGGAGCAUUGUAAGUCCUUAGAUUUAUUAUUUUUUUGAAUAAUACGACAGAUGGGAGUACUGUAUUGCAAUAAAACCUAAUUCAUAUUACAAUCCUCAUUGUAGCCAAAACUCUAUCUUAAAUCCUGACACCCUAUAAUGCUGAAACCGGUACUAAUACGAACCAUUUCCCCAUAACCAUAGCCCGUAGACCUUCAUUUAAAUAUAUUCCAAUUGUCUAUAUAUUUACCGUCAAGACGAGUUCUUCUCUAAUAUAACUUUAUCUUCUCCAUACAGACGACCUCACAAACAAGAGGGAGACGAACAAACCAUCAUUCGCAGAAUUUGGGAAUUUUGUCAUAGAUUCUUCGGUCGUUCAGCUCUCAUUCUUGCUCAGGUCAAUAUUUCAUUGGGAAUGUUUCUCGCUGUCGUUCCUACCGCUGUCUUUGCCGUGUGGUUUGGUUACCUUGGCGUCUGGGUAUUUUUGUUUGUAUUGAUGAAUAUCAAGAAAUGUCGGAGUGAAUGUGGCAACGGAAUAAAACCUGGGGUUUCAAGUGGAAACUAUCAAAUGAACUCGAAGUUGUAAAAUAGAUUUUUGAAAACAAACUGCUCAUACAUUUAUAUAUGCAACCUUAGUGGGAUUAGUUUAUAUAAUCAAAUUUGACUGCUUAUAUAUAUAUAUAUAUAUAUAUAUAUAUAUAUAUAUAUAUAUAUAUAUAUAUAUAUAUAUAUAUAUAUAUAUAUAUAUAUAUAUAUAUCAUGCAUGUAUAAUCUUAUGUUUUUCUCACGGCGAUAUUCCCGCCAUUUCUGGGAUACUGCCUCUUCCCAGAGUCUCCGCACCACGAAACUUUUUAUAUUGUAGUUGUUUACAGUUACAACUUUUAAAAGUCGCUUUUCACGUUAUUUGAAUAGGCAAUUCCAGCUUUUAGUUUAUGCGUGCAGGGGACGACGGGAAGUAAGGUAUCACAUUGGUGAUUAUGCUGAAAAAAUAAAAAUGGUGGCCGUGUAAACACGGAGUGAUAGCUUAUACUUGUAAAUAUUGAAACAUAUCGGUUGUUUCGGUAGUUUUUAUUGAAAUUUUUCAGCAUAAUCAGCAAUAUGAUACCUUACUUCCCAUCAUCCCCUGCAGGCAUAAACUAAAAGCUGGAAUUGCCUAUUGUCUAGAAUCUUUUACGAGGGCGGACAGGUUUUGGCCUUAUGCAAGAAAAGUUUAAUAAAACACGAUUUGUGUAUUUGAAAUAUUCCUGUUUUAUAUUUAUUUUCACUCUUCAGUUUCUAAACGAACAUGUAAGACAGCAGAAAUCCCCGAAAUUAUCCAACAUUGACCCUUGUUAUGACGGUCUAACACCAUCUAACCCUAAUUAUCCUAAGCUCGAGCAUGACACUAAUCCCAGCCGUCAAGGUCAACACAAAUUUCCAUGGACAAAAGUAACUAUAUAUGAUGACUUCAGUUCGGUACAUUUUAUAUCGAUACAUUAUUAUUUCGGUACAUUGAUGGUCUACUAAAAUAAAAUUAAAUGUAUAGAUUUUUAUUAUUUUAAUGCUCUGUUAGAGAGUGACCAUUGAUAAGGCAUGAUGAUAACUUGAUAACUUUUAUUUCGCAUUAUUUCAAGAUAAUACAAUUGAUUUACAGAUGGAUAGAAAAUAUACAUAGAAUUAAAUAUUAAUACAUAGAAAGGAAGGGUAUAGAGACCGAAGUAGCAUAGCUUUCGAGCCGGCCUCUGAAAUGGUGAAUGCUUCUUUUUGAGUCUUUUUGUGGAGGGAAAUUCAAUAUAGCAUGCUAUAUCUUUAGCAAUCAAGACUCAUUAAAAUAUGCACAAGACGGCAACAUUCAAAUAUGCACAGGAAAGCGAUCAUUCAAAUAUGCACAAUUUGUUUUGAAUUCAAGAUAAUUGCCUGUUCUGCUCGACUGAAACGUCUUGUUUUCACACAAUGGGG